CAACGAUGUGUCAAUUUUCUUCAAUGUUCAAUUUCAAUUUAGUUUAGUUAAAAAUUCUAUUUCAAAGAGUAAUAGAAUGGCGAGUUUCAGGUCUUUAUUGAUUAUUUGUAGUUUAUUUCUUUUGAUUUCUUUAACUAAUUGUAGGAUACAUAAUUUGGAAAUAAGGAACGACAACAGACGAUUCAUUCCCUUGAGCACUUUUGGGUUCUAUGUUGAUGGAAGUUUGAGCAUCAAUUUGAAGGAGUUUCAUGUGGAACCAUGGGAUGAUAAUGAUCUGUUUGGAUUUAGUCUGGAUCGAACACUGAAUGAUGCGAUGAGUCCCUACUUGGAUACCCAUCAAGAGCGAUGUCUCCUUGAGCAAGCAAUGGUACCAACAUCCAAUGUUGCAUUCACUUACUUCAUUCUGGAUCUCAAGCGUAACGUCUUGAAAAUCAAUUGCAGUUCUGAACUGAAGAACUUACAGAUCACAAAUCGAACUGGUUCGUUCAUGCGUCAAAAACGAGAUGAUGCCACCAUGAAAAAAUUCAGCGAUGCCAAUCUGCUUGGAUACUCCAAAAAGAGAAGUCCUGAUUCUAUGCCGGUUGAACCAGACUCAACAGCGGACGCAGAAAACAGUGUGGGUUUUGUUCAGAACACACCAUGUGUCAACAGCCAAUUCCCUCUGAAAGUGGAAAAAAGAGACAAUAAACUCUACUACUCAUCAGAUUUCUCCAUAAAAAUUGUAACACCAAAUGAAGAAGGUCUUUACAAUCUGUACUUCCAUAACUGCCAUAACUAUAAAAACGAAAGGUCGAUGGUCUCUGUUGAUUUUAUGGUUCACAUAACCGAAGUUAAUCGUGGCAACAACUACUUGUCAGCUGGUGAGAUGCCUCUUCCAACCCUCUAUUUCAUGACAUCUAUGUUGUUCUGUAUGUCCGGCAUUUUCUGGGUUAUGAUUCUCAAGAAAAGCAAACAUCCUGUCUUCAAAAUCCAUUACUUGAUGGCUGUGCUGGUCUUCUUGAAAUCGCUCUCAUUGCUCUUCCAUGCAAUCAACUACCAUUUCAUUGAAACAAAGGGAGAGCAUGUCGCAACCUGGGCAAUCCUCUAUUACAUCACACACUUAUUGAAAGGAUCUGUACUAUUUAUAACAAUAGUCCUUAUUGGAACUGGUUGGACAUUCAUAAAGCAUCUUCUAUCGGAGAAAGACAAAAAGAUAUUCAUGAUUGUGAUUCCAUUGCAGGUACUAGCAAAUGUUGCCAACAUUAUAAUUGAGGAAUCUGAAGAAGGUGAUAUUGAACAUAAGACAUGGAUUGAUGUUCUGAUGCUGGUAGACCUGCUGUGUUGUGGAGCCAUACUCUUCCCUGUUGUUUGGUCUAUCAGACAUUUGCAAGAAGCAUCACACACGGAUGGAAAAGCAGCCGUCAGUCUGCGAAAGUUGAAACUCUUCCGUCACUUCUACAUCAUGAUUGUCUGCUACAUCUACUUCACACGAAUCAUAAUUUAUUUGCUUCAGCUGACUGUUUCGUUUCAAUACGAAUGGCUGGACGAAAUGUUCCGGGAAAUGGUGACCUAUAUCUUCUUUGUAAUGACUGGCUAUAAGUUCAGACCAGCAUCAGCCAAUCCAUAUUUUCAAGUGAAUUCUGAAGAUGAAGACGAGGAACUCGAUGUUGUAUUGAGUCAAUGCGGAGUCACUGAAGGCCUGAGCAAGUUGUCAAGGAUAGCCUCAGAGGCGGCAGAGGAUGAGAGAGACAAUCUACUGGUGACAAAGAGGGAGAGCAGUCACGAGUACGACUGAAAGGUUCCUCAUUCUCAGUGACUGCUCCGUGCAACAUUCGAAUUUUGUGAUAAUGAAUUGAUAGGUGUGUGAAUUGUAUGUCGUCCUUCCACUUCAUUAGGGAUCACUUACUAUCAUCUGUAUGCUUUUGUAUUUAUUUGUAAAUAUUUGUAGUGUGUGAUGAGUGUGAUUAAAAACUGUGGGAUUUUUACAAUUUCCUCUUAACUGAUUUAAGCUGUAACACUCAUGACACAACAGUGACAGUGAACAUAUAAUUCUAAUAAGUUGUAAUGGGCUUAUUCAUUUCUCGUUAGGCUGGACUAAAUGAUAAUAGUCCAAUUAUAAUUUGUGGAAUUUUAUUUUUACUGUUCACUGUCACUAGUGUGUGGGAAUCCAGCUUUAUUAUUCUUGAACUUUCUCGAAAUUCGCGUCAGUUUUGAUCGCAAUUCAGUGGAAUCAGCUGUUAUUUAUUAAGUUGACGAUUAAUUUCUAAUGAUAAAAUUGAAGUAAAAGCGUCUCUUGUGAAACCAACUACUUUGAAAAAUUCAUAUUCUAGUAAAAUUAAAAUCUUUAUGUCUUUUACUUCAUUUGUCAAGUUUAUUAGGCUGAAAAGCAUUUUUCUGAUAAAACGAAGUCCUUUAUUUAGGAUUCAGAUUCUUAUUAUGGUAGACAAUCCUAUCAUUAUUCAAGGCUUUCAAACUCUAGUGAUUAUUGUAGGUACGUGAUAUGUGAUUAUUCACUUUUUCAAUUACAAUUUAGAAUUUAAUGUUGUAGAGGUAGAUUCUCUAAUUCAAU